UUUUUUUAUUUUUAUUUUUGCUUUAUUUUACAUAAUAUAUGUCAACACAACUAAAACUUUCUAGUCGCUUCUUCCAAAGAGGUGUAAGAUAUUAUGCUUCAAAAGCUAUCUUAACCCCUGGUCAAAAGUUGCAAGGCUAUGAAGUUCAACAAGUUAGAAAAGUACCAGAACUCGAAUUAACAGCCAUUACAUUACAACAUGAAAUAACUGGAGCACGUCAUUUACAUAUUGAUCGAGAAGAUAGUAAUAACGUAUUUGCUGUCGGUUUUCAUACACCUGUUCAAAAUGAUACUGGUGUUCCGCAUAUACUGGAACAUACAACUUUAUGUGGAAGUCAGAAAUACCCUGUAAGGGAUCCUUUCUUUAAAAUGUUAAAUCGUAGUUUAGCUACAUUUAUGAACGCUUUUACUGCCAGUGAUUAUACUAUUUAUCCUUUUGCUACAACAAACCCUGCUGAUUAUAAUAAUUUAAGGGAUGUUUAUAUGGAUGCUGUCUUUCAUCCAAAGUUAAAUAGACUUGAUUUUAAACAAGAAGGCUGGAGAUUAGAGCAUGAAAUACCUACUGAUACUAGUACACCAAUUCAAUUUAAGGGUGUUGUUUAUAAUGAAAUGAAAGGACAAAGUUCAGAUAUAAACUAUUUGUAUUAUAUUCGUAUGCAACAAGCCAUGUUCGCUGGUACAACUUAUGAAUAUUGCAGCGGAGGAGAUCCUAAAUUCAUUACUGAUUUGACACAUGAACAACUACUUGAUUUUCACAAAAGACAUUAUCAUCCAAGCAAUGCCCGAUUUUACACGUAUGGUAAUUUUCCUUUAGAGGAACAUUUAGAAGCGAUUAGUAAGCAACUUGAAGGGUUUACAAAGUCUCAAGUUACUAUUCCUAAUGUUAAUAAAAUAACUACAUCAUGGAAUGAACCAAAGAGUAUAGAAACAACAUGCCCAUUAGACCCUAUGAGUCCACCUGAUAGGCAAACAAAACUUUCUAUCUCUUAUCUUACAAAUGAUGUUACGGAUACCUUUGAAACAUUUUCAAUGCGUUUAUUAUCCUACUUACUUCUAGACGGACAUGCAUCUCCUUUUUAUAAAGCUUUGAUUGAGACAAAUCUUGGUUCUGAAUUUUCUUCAAAUACAGGCUAUGAUAACAGUACUCGUACAAGUUCUUUAUCUAUUGGAUUACAGGGCGUAAAAGAUGAUGACGUGGAGAAGGUUAAAAUAACAAUUAAAAAUGUUCUUGAGAAAGUUCGACAAGAAGGAUUUGAUUCUAAGCGUAUUGAAGCAGCCAUUCAUCAAAUGGAACUUGCUCAAAAGCAUAAAACAGCUGAUUUUGGCCUUACCAUUAUGCAUGGUAUUUCCUCUGGUUGGUUUAAUGAAGUGGAUCCUGUUGAUCUCUUAGAGAUUAAUAAGCAUAUUGAACGUCUUAAAUCAGAAUUAUCAAAGGGCAAUUAUUUUGAACAUUUAAUUGAUAAAUAUUUAUUAAAUAACAAGCAUACAUUAUCAUUUGUCAUGCGACCUGAUGAGAAGUAUUCAGCUACAGUUCUUUCUGAAGAAAAAUCUCGAUUGGCAAAGAAAGUAGAGUCACUUACUGAUAAAGAAAAGGCAGAAAUCGCUCAAGAUGGUAAAGAUUUAUUAGCUUCUCAGGAUCGUAAAGAAGAUUUAAGCUGUCUUCCAACGCUUCAAUUGAGUGAUAUUGCACAUAAAGCAAAACAUACUAUUUUAGAACAUACUGGACUUUGUAAUACACCUGUUCAAUGGAGAACAACUUCAACAAAUGGCAUCACUUACUUCCGUGCUAUUAGUACAUUACCCUCUUUAUCUGAUGAUUUAAAGCUUUAUUUGCCAUUGUUUUGUGAUGCUUUAUUGUCUUUAGGUACACGUCAGCAAUCAAUGGCGGAUAUUGAUGAAGAGAUUCGUCUUUAUACUGGUGGCCUUCGCGCCUCUACUACUUUAACAACUAAUCAUUCUGAUAUUGAUCAUAUUGAGGAAGGAAUUGCUCUUGUUGGCAACUGUUUAGAUCGCAAUAUUGAUAAAAUGUAUAGCAUAUUAGCCAAGUUAAUUCAUGAAACUAAUUUUGAUGAUGUUGAAAAACUAAAGACGCUUAUUAAUGGUAAUGCAUCCUCUAUGGUUAAUUCUAUUGCAGAUUCUGGUCAUGUCUUUGCUCGAACCUUUGCUGGGUCAAGUUUGACACCUGGUAUGCAUAAUGCAGAAAUUAUGAGUGGUAUGACGCAGGUUAAGUUUAUGAGUCGUUUGGCUGCACAAGAAGACAUUUCUGAUGUUGUAACUAAGUUGAAACAGAUCGCAUCUGCAGUUUUGACACAAUCUUCUUUACGUGUUGCAAUUACUUCGGGUGAGGAUGCUAUUGAAAGCAAUACAAAAUCGUUAAUUAGCUUCCUUCAAAGUUUACCUGUUGAAAAUAAUAAGAUUAAUAAUAAAUCUACUAUGUCUCUUAACACUGGUGUAUUCACUCCACAAUAUAAGAGAACUUUCUUCCCUUUACCAUUCCAAGUCAAUUUUUCAGCUCAAGUAUUUCGUGGAGUUCCUUAUACACAUCCUGAUGGAGCCAGUCUUCAGAUGUUAUCUUCACUUAUGACAAAUCAUUACCUUCAUCGUGAAAUUAGAGAAAAGAAUGGUGCUUAUGGUGGAGGAGCAAGUUAUGCUGGCUUAAAUGGUCUCUUUUCAUUUUAUUCUUAUCGGGAUCCUCGAACACUUGAAACUUUAGAUACAUUUAAGAAGUCAAUUGAUUGGGUUCAGCAACGUUCAUUUACAGAUCAGGAAAUGACGGAGUCCAAAUUGUCAAUUUUCCAAGGUAUUGAUGCCCCACAAAGUGUAUCUGAAGAAGGUAUGCUUCAAUUUGUACACGGUAUUUCUGAUGAAAUGAGACAAUGGCGACGUGAAGCACUUUUAAAAGUGACUCAGGAUGACAUAAAACGAGUAGCUUUUGAAUAUCUUGAUAAACAUGUGAAACAAAAUGGAUAUUCUACUGCAUUAUUGGGUGAAUCAAACAAUCGUAUUACUGAAGAACAAGGUUGGCACAUUAAUCAAUGGGAUAAGGACUCUCAAGAACAAUAACAAUAAACAAAAAAAAAUAUUUUGUAUAUGUAAAUACAGUUAAUAAUAAAAUGUAAUAGAACUGAUGACAAA